AUGUUGGUGCUGCGGGAUGAGUAUCGCGGCGUCGGCAUCAUCAACCCUAGCUAUCAAGACUUUAAACUCCCGGAUCAAAGGCUGCGUACGGCUGAUGGUUUUCGUGCAAGUGAUCCCAAGAACGAGCGAGUCAUAUGCAUCUUUCAUAUUGAUCUGCACUGGGUAGCAUUUCUUGUUGAUCGAAACAUUCGUCCCAAGACAAUGAAGGCGACAUGUUACAUGUUCGACCCUAUGCAAUCCUCCCACAACUACAACAUCAUCGAAAAGAGCGUUCGAGCGACGAUUGAAGAUCUGCUGCAACUACAAGAUCAGGUUAUCUAUGAGAAAGUGAAAUGGUGCAACCAACAGGAUGGCAGCUCGUGUGGAGUAUGGUGUAUCGCAGUCGUGGAGAUGCUCCUCGCUAAGAAGCCGUGGGGCAAAUGCAUUUACGACCUCCUGCCUUAUUUACGGAUGCGCUUCCUACACAAGGCGCUGAUUUUCGUUGAGAGCAAGAUUUAA